CUCCCCGGGGAUCCCGGUCCAGCCUGAGCGGGAGUCCCGCGGGCGGACAGACAGCGCUGCGGCCGGGGGCGCGCGGGGUACCUCCAGUGAAGAGGGCCUGCUUCGCGGCUGAGGGCCCCUAUUCACCGACCGGGGCCGGACGAUCAGAAAAAAUAACGUCUGUGCCUUCCCGGAGAGGAAAAUGAAGCGGCGGGAGCGGCUCGGGCCACGUUCCCGGGCCCCGAUGUCAGAGCUCCCCGGGCCCCGUCCCCUCCACACUCACAUCCCGCAGCUGUGCGACCCCGGGCCGCGGCCUCUAGAGAAAUGUCCCGGGGCAGGGGGCGGCGGGCUCCGCUCUGCCGCUCCACACCGCGUCGGAGAAGACGGAGGGCCCGCGGCGGCGGCUGCCCCGAGGGACGGGGCCCUAGGCGGUGGCGAUGGGGGCCGCCCGGAUCGCGCCCGGCCUGGCGCUCCUGCUGUGCUGCCCAGUGCUCAGCUCCGCAUACGUGCUGGUGGAUGCAGAUGACGUCAUGACCAAAGAGGAGCAGAUCUUCUUGCUGCACCGUGCCCAGGCCCAAUGUGAGAAGCGGCUCAAAGAAGUCCUGCAGAGGCCAGCUGACAUAAUGGAAUCAGACAAAGGAUGGGCAUCUGCAUCCACAUCAGGGAAGCCCAAGAAAGAGAAGGCAUCUGGGAAGCUCUACCCUGAGUCUGAGGAGGACAAGGAGGUGUCCGCUGGCAGCAGGCAUCGAGGGCGCCCCUGCCUGCCAGAGUGGGACCACAUCCUGUGCUGGCCGCUGGGGGCACCAGGUGAGGUGGUGGCCAUGCCCUGUCCUGACUACAUUUAUGACUUCAAUCAUAAAGGCCACGCCUACCGUCGCUGUGACCGUAAUGGCAGCUGGGAGCUGGUGCCAGGGCACAACCGGACAUGGGCCAACUACAGCGAGUGCGUCAAGUUCCUGACCAAUGAGACUCGUGAACGGGAGGUGUUUGACCGCCUGGGCAUGAUCUACACCGUGGGCUACUCCGUCUCGCUGGCCUCUCUCACCGUGGCUGUCCUCAUCCUGGCCUACUUUAGGAGGCUGCACUGCACACGCAACUACAUCCACAUGCACCUGUUCCUGUCCUUCAUGCUUCGCGCCGUGAGCAUCUUCGUCAAGGACGCGGUGCUCUACUCCGGCGCCACGCUUGAUGAGGCUGAGCGCCUCACGGAGGAAGAGCUGCGCGCCAUCGCCCAGGCACCGCCGCCGCCCGCCGCCGCCGCCGCCGCCGCCGGCUACGUGGGCUGCCGGGUGACUGUGACCUUCUUCCUUUACUUCCUGGCUACCAACUACUACUGGAUUCUGGUGGAGGGGCUGUACCUGCACAGUCUCAUCUUCAUGGCCUUCUUCUCCGAGAAGAAGUACCUCUGGGGCUUCACGAUCUUCGGCUGGGGUCUGCCCGCCAUCUUCGUGGCUGUGUGGGUCAGUGUGAGAGCCACCCUGGCAAACACCGGGUGCUGGGACUUGAGCUCCGGGAACAAGAAGUGGAUCAUCCAGGUGCCCAUCCUGGCCUCCAUUGUGGGUGCGGCCUCGAGACGCAGCCCUCCCUCACUCCCACAGCUCAACUUCAUCCUCUUCAUCAACAUUGUCCGGGUCCUCGCCACCAAGCUGCGGGAGACAAACGCUGGCCGGUGUGACACGCGGCAGCAGUACCGGAAGCUGCUCAAAUCCACACUGGUGCUCAUGCCGCUCUUUGGCGUCCACUACAUCGUCUUCAUGGCCACGCCAUACACCGAGGUCUCAGGGACGCUCUGGCAAGUCCAGAUGCACUACGAGAUGCUCUUCAACUCCUUCCAGGGAUUUUUUGUCGCCAUCAUAUACUGUUUCUGCAACGGCGAGGUACAGGCUGAGAUCAAGAAAUCCUGGAGCCGCUGGACAUUGGCACUGGACUUCAAGCGCAAGGCACGCAGCGGGAGCAGCAGCUACAGCUACGGUCCAAUGGUGUCUCACACAAGUGUGACCAACGUAGGGCCCCGCACGGGACUUGGCCUGCCCCUCAGCCCCCGCCUGCUGCCUGCUGCCACAGCCAAUGGCCACCCCCAGCUGCCCGGCCACACCAAGCCAGGGUCCCCAGCCCUUCAGACCACACCACCUGCCGUGGCCGCUCCUAAGGACGAUGGGUUCCUCAACGGCUCCUGCUCGGGGCUGGAUGAGGAGGCCUCUGCACCGGAGAGGCCACCUGUCCUAUUGCAGGAGGAAUGGGAGACAGUCAUGUGAUUGGGGACCCGAGGGUUGGACCUGUGGACAUAAGGGUUGACAAGCGGACCAAGAGGCAGGUUGUUGGACAGUUGCCCACUCAGGGCUGGGGCUGGGAGGACAAAACAGGAAAAAAAAAAAAAAA